AAAAAGACUAAGCCCAUUCAAAAUGCCACCCAUUCGUUUCGGAAUCUUAAUGGUUCCUUACCAAACCCUCGACGUCGCCGGGCCAGUGGACAUCCUCUCCUCAUGCUCGCGACCGUACCUCGAAGUCAUGGAACGGGACGGUCUGGUCUCCAAGAACACUGCAGCUGCCGGCCUUGAUAUUGAAUUUUACUACGUUGGUAAUGAGCUGAAGCCCGUCCAACAUACCGGCAGCCUUCAGGCACUACCGACAACCACCUGCGACACAUGUCCACCUCUUGACUAUCUAUUAAUCGGUGGACCGUCGCCGGGCUACCGCCUUCCGGAGUGUUUUGAAUCAUUCAUUCGACGUCGAUCCCAGGAGGUCAAGGCAAUUUUCACAACCUGCACAGGCGCUCUGCUGCUGGCCCAAACGGGGAUACUUGAUGGCCGUGAUGCCACUGUCAACCACGUGCUUCUGCCACAAGCCCGGCUACUGUACCCGAAAGUCCAUUGGAAUGACUCCCAACUGUGGGUUGUCAAGGCCAGCUUCAUGAUACUGGACUAUACACCCAGAGACAUCCACAGGCAGCAUUUGACUACAAUUCAGUGAAGCAAGAGGCAUCCUUUCUCUUGUGUAGUUAUCAGGGAACUGCGAUCCAUGGGGUGAUGCUUUCCCCUGUACCCCAGACAAUCUGGGUGUACAACCAGUAUUUCAACUCUUCUCUUUUCUUCGUGCCGCUCCUUGCUGCUCUGGUGUUUAAACAUAAACAUACGACAGAUUGGUGAUAUGACCAUAUUGUGAUUUCUGUGGCAAACGUCUGUUCCUUCAAAUGGGAGUAAUGUCUUGAGAAAUAGAGUGUCAAUCAACA